AUGACAGUUAAGCUUUUUGUUUGUAUAUUUUUCGGCCUUUUAAUCUUCACAACUGACAUUGCUUAUGGUAGAAAGCUUGUUGGAAAAGAAAAAAAAUCCCUUGCAGAUGAGGUUACAAGUAAGAUUGGUUGUUCUCCGGGAGACGUAAAAUGUAAAGAAGGGCAUGAGUAUAAUAGAAAAGAAUCGCACAACAAAUAUAAUGCAAAAAAGAUUUGGGAAGGUAUUAGAAAAAGCUACAGUGGUGAUAAUAGAGGAAGUAUUAUACAAGGAGAAGGGUGUGUGAAUGGUGAUCCUAAUUGUAACAAGAACACAAGCCACGUCAUCAAAAAAGGAUGCCGAGACAUGGAAAAUAGCGAACCAAUUGUUUGCUACGGAAACUGUAAUUUUACUUAUAACAGCAAUAAUAGAAACUCUGACAAUGGUAGCGAUAACAAUCUUGGAAAUGAUAGUGGCAGCGGAAAUGGUGGCGUCGAUGGAACCAUCAACCAAGACGGCAACCACACCACCAAUGGUUCUGGCAGUAGCGACUCCGUCGCCGUUGCAAUUGGAGCUCCACGUCAAGGCUGA